AAAAGUCUACGAAAUUGUAUGUAGUACAGUUCAGUGUGGCAUAUAUUGCGCAGUUCUGGAGUGAUCAAUUUUAUCUUCAGUUUUAAAGCUUAUAAAAGGCCUCCCACGUGUUGUUUUAGGAAGGAAGCGAGUGAGGAAGAUACAAGGUAAUUGGUGUUCUGCAAGGUGAUGGUGUCGUGCCUCUUUUUUUGCCUUACGAAUUAUGCAACUGUAAAUAAAAAGCAGACACCUUAUUUGUGUGUGAAAUUUGAUAACGGAAGUGAUGACUGCCAUACAGUUAACAUGAUGUCAACAGUAAAACCCAAGAGCUUUAUUCAGGAGCUUCCUGCAAAAGUGUAUUUAGACCUUGAAACAGCACUGAAUGAUGGAUAUUGGAAGAGAAUGGCACUCCUCUGCAGAAAUGGACUUGGCAAAUGCAUUUUUAGUACUCAUCAGUUAUUGGAGAUAGAGAAAAGCAGUUCACCAGCAAGAAAGCUCCUUGAUCACUUUAAGCAACAUAGUAUGGAGGUUCAGGUCUUACAAAAGCUUUUAAGGAGCCUGCAGUUAUACGACAUCCUUGAGAAUAUUGUAACUAAUGUUCCAGUGUCGGUUCUGAAGCCUACAGAAGACAUCCAAGAGACCUUUGAGAUUGGCGAGACGGUGCACUUGAUGAUAGAGGCUGAAGGUUCCCCAGAGCCAACCUUCGAGUGGACACACAAUGGCCAACCAUGUCCUGGCGCAGUAUCCAGAAUUUUUGAAAUAAGGAAUUUCAGCCCAGAGACCGAGGGGGAAUAUGUGUGCCAUUUGACGCAGAACAUUGGAGAGGACACAAUACAAGUUUCCUCACCUAAGUUUCAUUUGUUAAUGAAGAAAGCUGUGCCAAAGAUAGAAGUUGACUUGGAAGAUACAUUUUUAGAGUAUGGAGAGGAAAUGAUGUUAUCUUGUAAGGCAGUUGGGUGGCCAAAACCAAGCUUUAAGUGGUACAAAGACUGUCAUCUUCUGAAAGGUUAUACUGAAUCAACAUUGAAGAUAACAAAUGUGGAUCUUUUAGUGUCUGGUUCAUACUACUGUGAAGUUAGCAACGAAGUUGGACAGAAAUUUUCCCGGGUUGUGACAGUGAAAGUUGCUCCUCCUUGCUUUGCCCCGGAUAAACCGAAGAUCGUCAGGCAGCCCCAAAAGAAAAGUUCUUAUGGUUUAGACGAUCGUGUUGACCUCUCCUUUGAAGUCACUUGCCGAUAUAACGUCGACUUUCAGUGUUUUGUGAAUCAGAAUAUGAUAGGAGAUGAUCACCUCACAGCUUCUAAAAAAGGUGACUAUUACUGCUGCAAUCUUCACUACAUCCUUGAUAGAGACGAAUGGGAACGGGAAGACAGAAAACCUUUCCAGUUUUGCUUUCUAGCCAAGUCUCCUGGAGGUGUUGUGAUGUCCAAUGUGGUGGAAAUCCAAGUGGAAAUCAACUUUGAGCCAAAGAUUUUUACGGCUCGAAACAAGUUUGCACUUCUAAUUUGCAACUCAGAAUACCCAGGAAAUGAACUCAGAACUCCACAACUGGAUGCAGAGAUGCUGGCAAGAGAGCUUGCAAUGCUACAAUUCCGUUGUUUCAUAUACAGCAAUGUCACCCGUUCUGAAUUCCGGAGUGCUGCCAGACUGUUCUCUGAAUACAUACAGAAAGGAGACUAUGCCGUGUUUUAUUUUGCUGGGCAUGGUUUCCAUAAUAAAGGGAUAGACUAUAUGAUGCCAAUAGAUACAUCAUCAAAAUAUGUUUACCAAAAUGGAAAUCUGAGGUUGCCUCCAGAGAAAAUUCCAAAUAUGGAAGACUGCGUGAAAAGCACCUGGAUAUCCAAUGUCAUCCAGGAGUCAAAGCCUGCACUUCUCUUCUCCAUCUACGAUGCUUGCCGAAAUCUGCUAGGUCACUGGAGUAAUGAGUCAGAAGUGACAGACACCUUUAAAAUUGCAGAAGGAAAUUCAUAUACAUUGUAUUCAACAUCAGAGAAUUAUGGAACGGAUGAGGGUUUAACAGCUUCUCUGCUAAUGGAGAAGUUUGUGAAGCUUGUGAGAAACAAGGUGCCUGUUCCUGAGCUUGUACAACAAUUUAGGGAAGCUUACAGUCUUUCAAGAGUAAAGAAGCAGAUCCCGAAGGCAGAAGGAGACCUCAACCAAAGACGAUCUUUGACAGACCCACCAAAGCCUCAAGAAAUGGAUAAGGAUGGAGUACUCUAUGAAUGGGAAGCUUUGGCAAGUGUUGGUGGUGCUCAUCGGAAAGAGAUGCUCUUAGGAGAUCAAAAAAUUGAAGCGAGUGUGAAAUGCAAGCACACGGAUAUAAUAAAGGACAAAGAGAAGACUCUGAGUAAGACAACGUGGAUUAUUACCAACUACAUUAACAUAUCCAUCGAGUUCACUCAAGAAGGCAAGCCCAUUCAUGUGUGUAACAUUUGGAAGAAGGGACUGACUGUUGACCUGCAUUUCAACAAUGGUGAUAAAAAAUCUACAGACCUGAAAGGAAAGGCCAUCAAUUACCAAAUCCUUGAUCUUCAAAAAUUAAAGGAACCACUGAAGCUAGAGCUCACACUGAGAUAUCUUCCAGAAGGUUUAGUGAGUGUUCAAGAGUUUGAUCUUGGCUGGCCAUCUGUCUCCAAGCAAAAUGAACACUGGAAUUGCCUUGACUAGGCUUAAUACCAUAUGCAUAUGGUAUUAAGCCUACAAUGGUUUAUCUUUAAAAAAAUACAUAUAUAUGUUUCUUUGAUGUUAUAUAUGUAAAAUACAAAGAGAUUAAUAGAUUAAGAACAUGUCACUAGUCAGAAUCCCACAUUAUGACCAUUAUUGAUACAGAGGAGGAACUUGUAAAAGAAAAGUCUUGACCUCUAACAUCUCUGUACUUGGUUAGAAUGUAACGCAUUAUUUCAGUAUAAAUUCAGAGCAUUAAAAAAUCAUGCUUGUUUCUUUACAAAUAGGCCCUGUUUUAGGACCUUAGCUCUUCUUAAAGAUCUAGAAUAGUGAAAAGGUUAAUAAGUAUGGUUGUUUUUAUCUUAUCUUUAUUAUCUUUGACAUCUAACACCUUCACCUCUCCCCAGAUUCUACUUUUUCAACAGCUAUCUCUAUUCUUCCUUGAACAUUUUUCUUAUACCUUUCCCAAUGACAGAUACACUAUAAUUCACUCAAUCGCCCUACCUCUGUAACCAUCCCCUUUCUACUAAUUUCUCCUCUAGUUUACUUGCUCCCCUUUUCACUGCCAUAGUACCUAUAACGCUCUCAGACCCUUGACAUCUAACACAUUUUAUUGUAAUCUUUAACUCUCCUUUGCCCUCUCUGACACAAUACUUUACAAUAGUGCGUUAUGACCUUUGAUGUCUAGCAAAUUUAUUUUCAAACAUUAAACAUUAUCUUUAUUAUUUGUAUGUUGCAUAUUGAUAUGCUGCAUAUGCUUGAUUACAAUAUAAUUGUUGUAUUUUAUCAUUCCAAGUGUGGUUUUAUACUGUUUGAUAUACUGUACAGUCUCACAACUUGUAAUCUGAAAAAAAUGCUUAAAGCAUAAACAUUAAUGAUCUCCUUGGCAUAUGAAGGUGCAGUAAUACAAGAAUUAUAUUCUGCACACAUAUUUAGUAGAUUAAAAUGUUCCCAUAGAAUUUGUAAUUCUAGUCUGAGGCAGUUACAAAAACACUCAAAUGAUGAGUACAUAAGCUGUGAGAAUUAAAAGUUACAAUUGAAGGGAAUAAAGUGUAUCAGUUUUGGGGAUACAUUUGUAAAUAUUUUAUUGUAAGUAAUUUUUGUGUGCAAUUUUACUGAAAUGGGGUUUUAUUCAUGUGCUAAUUACAGUACAAAAGUAUUAAUAAAUAUUCAUAUUGUGUUGAAAACUUUAUAUUAAAUGUUUGAGAGAAAUAUAUUAUUGUGAUAAUAUCAAUGUUGAAAAUUUUACAUUUAAUGAAUGAAAGAAAUAUAUAUUAUUGUGUAAAUUACUGUAUAGGUAGAUUGAAAAUAAAAUUACAAUGAAGAAGAUGCAGUACAAACACCUUGAGUUUAUCUUUAUCAUAAACAAUUUAUUUGAUUUAUUGCUUUUGCAUUUUGAGUGAGUUUGAGUGUGUGUGUGUGCAGAAAAUUAUCAGGAUCAGGGCUUUCUGUAUCAUCAUCAUCACUGACAGAAAAGUGAUUGUACUGCAUAUUACUGAGAUAUGCGAGAUUAUUAAUUUCAACAUUACUAUGUUGAAAUUGAUGGUGCCCUUCAUCUUCCGUCGAUUCCGCAUCACCGCUUCCCGCUCCGAGAAGAGGGUGAAUUUUGCCACGAUGUCUCCAGGUUGCUUGUCGCCCGGCUUUCCGACGCGGUGAACGCGCUCGAACGACGGGCUCAGGUUCAGAUGGUCGCGAAAAAUGCUGCACAGCUUCUCCUAAGAUUUUUCCCAAGUCUCUCCGGGAGCUUCCGUCACCCCCGUGAAGCGAAGAUUGCUGCGCUGAGAUUGGUCGUCUAGAUAGUCCGUGCGUUUGGACAUCUGUAGAUUUUCUUUGAGGUCCUGGUGUAAACGUUGCAAUUGCUCCAUCUGCCUGGUCUUCUUUUCUCCUUCACUGAUGGCACUGGCAAGUUGGGAUUUGAGGUCGGCUAAUUCCUUUUGAGAAAAUUAAAGGCUUGAAAUGACA